AUGUCCAACAAGCGUCCUUCAUUAGUCCCUCAGAAAGGACCUGGUUCUUUUAAAAAACCAAGAGGUAACCACGAUGAUACCCCAGAGCCCUCAAAGUUCGAGCAGGAACUAAUGUUGUUGGAUGACAUCGAGACUGAAGAUAUAGCUUUGGUGGACGAAAGUUCUGCUUUGUCUCAUUUAGACUUUCUAACGAAUUCGCAUUGGCCAAGACGUAGGUUGGAGAAGUUGGAUCCAAAUAAGGACAGUAUUAUUUUCCAGCAGUUUGAUGUGUCACAUUAUAAAGGUGAACACCUAACUGGUAUGCCUGGUGCUACUCAAGGUCCUGUACCAAUUAUACGUUUGUUCGGUAUAACUGAAAAGGGUCAUAGUGUAUGUGCGCAUGUGCAUGGUUUUCUACCAUAUUUCUAUGUACCAGCACCGAAAGAUUUUUCAACGAUCAUUUGA